AUGAGUUUGCCAUCUAUUCAAAGUAUAGGUCAGGCUGAUAUUUCCAAAUUAACAUCGAGUCAGGUUAUUAUUGAUUUGAAAUCAAUUCUCAAGGAGUUGAUUGAAAACUCAAUUGAUGCCAAUGCCGAUAAGAUUGACAUAACAUUCACAAAUUAUGGAAUUGAUUCAAUACAAGUUCAAGAUAAUGGUAAAGGGAUUCAGCAAGGUGACUUUGAAACCAUAUGUUUAAGAGGUCAUACUUCUAAAAUAGUAAAUUUUGAAGAUUUAAAUAAUUUAUCUACCUUGGGAUUUCGAGGGGAGGCAUUGAAUUCCAUAUGUUCAUUAUCAAAUAAAUUAACAAUUACAACUACAAAUGGUGAAUUUUAUCCAAAGUGUCAUCUAUUACACUACGAUAAUGAAGGGAAAUUAAUCAAGCAUGAUAGAAAAGUUGGUGGUAUGAACUAUAAAUCGGGAUGUCUGGUUUUAAUUGAUAAAUUGUUCUAUAAUCUACCGGUUCGUCUUAAGAAUUUUAUUAAAACUUCCAAAAGAGAAUUUCACAAAGCAAUCAAUUUUGUCAUCAACUACUUGAUUAUUUUCCCUGAAAUUAAAUUUACUGUUUACAACAUUGUAAAUGGUAAAAAGAAUUUAAUACUAUCAUCCAAGGGAGGUGACAAAACCACAAUCAUUGAUAAUCUAAUUUCGGUAUUCGGAAAUAAUAAUAACAAGAAUUUAUUGCCCUUGGAAAUUGAAAUAAGUGAAGAUAUUAACUUACUGGGGUUUAUUUCUUCAUAUUCAUUUGGAUUGGGUAGAUCAUCUCCAGAUCGUCAAUUUCUUUAUGUUAACAAACGACCAAUUGUAUUCAAAAAAUUAAGCAAAAUUAUUAAUGAGAUCUAUAAGAGUUUCAACCAUGUACAAUAUCCUACUUUUAUUAUUAACUUGGUGAUAAAUCCAAACCUUAUUGAUGUCAAUCUAAUUCCAGACAAAACAAACAUUUUGAUCCAUAAUGAAUCUGAAGUGUUGGAAUUGAUUCGCGAAAAAUUGUUAGAGUUUUAUGAUACUCAAGAUAAUGUAAUCAUCCCGAAGAAUGAAAAUAGCCAACUCAAGUCUUUUGUUAGUGAUAACGAAGGUGCAGAACUAGAGCUCGAACAGAAAGAUGAGGAGAAAGAAGAAGAGCCAAAAUUGUUUGUUGAUGAUGAUCUUGACCUUGAUUACCCAGUUGCUAAAAAGUCUACAACUCCAGACAAAGUUGAAUUGGUCCCAAAACUGACCCCAGAAGCGUCAAACCUAUUAGGUAUAACACUCAUUGAUCCUUUGGAUUUUCAACAGGAUAAAAGGUUAGAAAUGCAAACUUUACAAAGUGAACCGUUACCGGAAAAUCAAGAUUUGGAAACACAAAGUCAAGUACAAUCACUGAAUCAUGUAAAUCAAGAGUUUAGCCACGCUCAUGAAUCUUCUUCCCUAAAUUUAACGGAAUUUUCGAUGCGUGCUGAAGACGAUACGUGCAAUCACGAAGAUAAACAUGGGGAGAAUUUUUUCCCUGUCCAGGAUCAAUCGGUUGAUAAUAUAACAAUUGAUAUUGGUGAAAAGAGAUUCGAAGAUGAGCGACCUGCAAAAAGGUUUAAAAAGAAUAAAGGAUCGACCUUGUAUAAACAGCAGGCAACAUGUUCAUCUCAGCAUAUUCUUGGAUCUUUGGAGAAUUUGAAAAAGUUUGAAACUACAUCCCCAAUUACCAAACCUGAGGUACAGGUUAAUCCUGAUUUAGAAGAAGCUGCAAUUUAUCAUAUAAGUAAACAGGAUUUUCUAGAUAUGAAACUAAUUGGACAAUUUAAUCUUGGAUUUAUUUUGGUUAAUCACAAUUCUAAUUUGUUUAUCAUAGAUCAACAUGCAAGUGAUGAGAAAUUUAAUUUCGAAAAGCUCAUGUCAAAUUUCCAAAUCAAACACCAACCACUAAUGAUGCCCAUUAAUUUAGAUUUAAACAUAAUUGAUGAAAUGUUGGUAUUGGAUAAUCAAGAGAUUUUCAAUAAUAAUGGAUUCAAGUUAACAAUCAAUGAUAAUAAUUCUGCAGGAAAGAGGAUUUCUUUGGUUAGUUUACCUGUUUACAAGAACUCCAUGUUUACUGUUGACGAUUUCCAUGAACUAAUAAAUCUAAUUAACGAACAGCCGAAUAAUAAAAAUUUGAAAAUUUCUAAAAUAAGAAAGAUUCUUGCUAUGAAGGCAUGUCGAAGUAGUAUAAUGAUUGGAUCAUCCUUGAAAAAAUCCAAAAUGAAUGAAAUUGUCAAGAACUUGAGUACUUUAGAUAAGCCUUGGAAUUGCCCCCAUGGAAGACCAACCAUGAGACAUUUAAUUGAAUCAAAAAAUUUGACUUAUAAUUAUCAAGAUUAUGAAUUAUAA